AUGGUGAACCUGGCUGCCAUGGUGUGGCGCUGCCUCUUGGAGAAGAGGUCCAUGCUGGUCCUGGUCUUCAGGCUCUGGCAGGUCUACAUCCUCAGCAACACCUUGAAACAGGAGGACAGUACAAGUGCACAGCAUGAGAACCCCUACCAGGAUCCAAUAGCCAAGUUCUGCUAG